AUGGAGAAUGAGCUGCCAGUCCCCCAUACAUCUAGCAGUGCCAGUGCCACCAGCAGCGCCAGCGGGGUCAGUAGCAGCAGCGGUGGAAGUGGCCGCCCCGCUGGGCCCCAGAUUUCCGUGUACAGUGGCAUCCCUGACCGGCAGACCGUGCAGGUGAUCCAGCAGGCCCUGCACCGGCAGCCCAGCACUGCGGCUCAGUACCUGCAGCAGAUGUACGCCGCCCAGCAGCAGCACCUCAUGCUGCAGACGGCGGCACUGCAGCAGCAGCACCUCAGCAGCGCGCAGCUCCAGAGCCUGGCGGCCGUGCAGCAGGCGAGCCUGGUGGCCAACAGGCAAGGGAGCACCCCCGGCAGCAGUGUGUCUGCACAGGCCCCGGCCCAGUCAUCCUCGAUCAAUCUGGCAGCCUCCCCAGCGACAGCCCAGCUCAUCAACCGGGCUCAGAGUGUGAACUCAGCGACCGCCUCGGGCAUCGCCCAGCAGGCUGUGCUCUUGGGCAACACAUCUUCUCCCGCCCUGACUGCGAGCCAAGCACAGAUGUAUCUGAGGGCACAGAUGCUCAUCUUCACGCCCACGGCCGCCGUCGCUACUGUGCAGCCCGAGCUCGGCACUGGCUCCCCCGCCCGGCCCCCCACCCCCGCCCAGGUACAGAACCUGACCCUCCGAACACAGCAGACACCAGCUGCAGCAGCUUCGGGCCCUCCCCCCACUCAGCCUGUCCUGCCCAGCUUGGCCCUGAAACCCACGCCAGGCGGUAGCCAGCCUCUGCCUACCCCAUCGCAGGGCAGAAGCACUGCUCAGGGUUCCCCUGCAGGUACCAAGUCUGGCCUCACUGACAGUGUGAUGGAGCCCCUCAAGAAAGGAGAUGGCAGCAGUAGCGCGCCAGGGAGCGUGGAGGGCCGGGCUGGGCUCAGCCGGAUGGUGCCCGCCGUGGCUGCCCAUCCCCUCAUUGCACCAGCCUACGCUCAACUGCAGCCACACCAGCUCCUCUCCCAGCCGCCUUCAAAGCACCUGCAGCCCCAAUUUGUGAUCCAGCAGCAGCAGCAGCAGCCAGCACAGCAGCAGCAGCCCCAGCAAUCCCGGCCCGCACUCCAAGCCCAGUCCCACCCCCAGCUCGCCUCCAUCCCUCCGAGUUUGGCCCUGCAGCCCAGUCCCGAAUCCCAUGCCAUGCCUCUAGGCCCAGUUACAUCCACCCUGUCACUCCAGUGUCCCACUGCCAGCCUGUACAAGCCUGGCAGCACUCAGCAUUGCCACCCUCCCACGCCCGAUGCUGGGCCUCACAAUGGGUAUCCUGAGGGCCUGUCCCACACCCCUCAACGCAGGUUCCAGCAUGCCUCGGCUGUCAUCUUACAACUGCAGCCUGCGUCACCCGUGCCCCAGCAGUGCACCCCAGAGGACUGGAAGGAAGUGGUCCCUGGGGAGAAGAGUGUGCCCGAGGCUCGGUCCCGCCCAUCACCGCAUCAGCAAGCCAUUGUCACUGCCAUGCCCGGGGGCCUGCCUGUACCCAAGAGCCCUAACAUCCAACAGAUCCCAGCUCACGAGACAGGGCAGGGCAUUGUUCAUGCACUGACCGACCUCAGCAGCCCCGGCAUGACCUCAGGGAACGGAAAUUCUGCCUCCAGCAUCGCCGGCACUGCCCCCCAGAAUGGUGAGAAUAAACCACCACAGGCCAUUGUGAAACCCCAAAUCCUGACGCAUGUUAUCGAAGGGUUUGUGAUCCAGGAGGGGGCGGAGCCUUUCCCGGUGGGACGCUCGUCCCUGCUGGUGGGGAAUCUCAAAAAGAAGUAUGCACAGGGGUUUUUGCCUGAGAAACUUCCACAGCAGGACCAUACCACCACCACUGACUCCGAGAUGGAGGAGCCCUAUCUGCAAGAAUCCAAAGAGGAGGGUACUCCCCUCAAACUCAAGUGUGAGCUCUGUGGCCGGGUGGACUUUGCCUACAAGUUCAAGCGUUCCAAGCGCUUCUGCUCCAUGGCCUGUGCAAAAAGGUACAAUGUGGGAUGCACCAAACGAGUGGGGCUUUUCCACUCGGACCGGAGCAAGCUGCAGAAGGCAGGAGCCACAACCCACAACCGCCGUCGGGCCAGCAAAGCCAGUCUGCCAACACUUACCAAGGAUACCAAGAAGCAGCCAACAGGCGCCGUCCCCCUUUCUGUUACUGCUGCAUUGCAGCUAACACACAGCCAGGAAGACUCUAGCCGUUGCUCAGAUAACUCAAGCUACGAAGAGCCCCUGUCACCCAUCUCAGCCAGCUCGUCCACCUCCCGCCGGCGGCAAGGCCAGCGCGACCUGGAGCUCCCCGACAUGCACAUGCGGGACCUGGUGGGCAUGGGACACCACUUCCUGCCCAGCGAGCCCACCAAGUGGAACGUAGAAGACGUCUACGAGUUCAUCCGCUCGCUGCCAGGCUGCCAGGAGAUAGCAGAGGAAUUCCGUGCCCAAGAAAUCGACGGGCAGGCCCUGCUGCUGCUCAAGGAGGACCAUCUGAUGAGUGCUAUGAACAUCAAGCUGGGGCCUGCCCUGAAGAUCUACGCCCGCAUCAACAUGCUCAAGGACUCGUAG